AGGAAUAUUUACCUAACGACAUAUCUAUCUAUCAUUUAUGGAAACUGUAAAGAUAGCUAACUUCUAAAAUGCGUUUUCUACCGUGACAAGUUGCGAAUUAUCUAGCCAGCUACUGAUGAUGGGAAUGAAAAUACAGCUAGAGGUGUCUUCUUCAAGAUGAAUCCUUGGGACCCAGUGCCUUACUCCGCGACACCCGCUGCCCAGGUUCUUGCAAGAUGUGUCGCCUCGGGUGUUUUGUCUCAGGCAGAUCUUGAUGCUGUCCCAAGGGGAACCCAAGUAUUCUCUUCGCAGCUCCUUGAAGCUGAACAAGUGGCGGACAUGAAAUAUCAAAUUGACCAAAAAAACUUCGAGUUGGAGCUGUUGAUGCUGGAAAAGGAGAGCGCAGACGUCACUCACACCUUCUAUCUGAGUAAGAAGUUUGCGGCCCUGCAGCAGUUCACUUUCCACCUGCAGGAUGUGCUUCGGGAGCAGGCAAGCCUGCGUCAGAGACUGAUGAAGCCACUGUGUCAGCAGAACCUGACUAUUGAGGCAGAUCUGCAGAGAUACGUGGUAGAGCUCAUGGGUAUGGUGUUGGACCUUAUUGAAAACUUUGAGGACAAAGUGAAAAUCACACAAUCAUUUCCAACCCUUGGGCAAUCCAUGGCCAGUCUGAACAAUGCUUUGGCCCAGCUCCUGACCCAGGUGACAGAGGUGGAGGGGCUCUCCUGGCAGGUCCUGCACUGGAAAGACAGGAAGCACAGCAUGAUCAUCAAUAAUAAUGACACUUCUGCUUGAAUCCAAGGGCAGCCUUCAGAAUUCACACAUAUUCUGAGACCACAAGCUUUGCUUAGCAGCCAUGACUCAUGACUGUGCUAUAAAUUGAGAUAAUGUACGCACAAAGGCAGGGCAGGGAAUGAGCACCACUGCUUUCUGCUGUUAGGGGAGGUCUUUCAGCUGAGAACAGUGGAGAAGUAAGGCUGUGUGACCAAUAGAUUCAUUCAUUCCUGCUGUUAAGGGAAGUUUUUCAGCUAAGCACAGUGGGGAGGUGAGGCCAUGUGACCAGUAGACCAAUAGUAACCAAUAAUAUGUUAAUAUAUCAUGUUGUGUACAUUUGGGUGGGAGCUAUUGCCCUUUUUCUGAACCCCAUUUGUUAGUUUUCUAAAAACGGCACACUAGCUAGUAUUUUUAUUGUAAAGCAGAUUUAUAUAAUUUUGAUGCAGUGGGCAACAUUGUUGGCCCAGAAAUAGCUUUACAUUUACUUUGUUGAAUGGCAACCUGAUUUUCUUUAUUUUAAUAUUUUAAAGAUCACAUUUGAAUUAGGUUAAGUUGUGGAAGCACUUGCUGUUUUGGGAGGGUUCUCAUCCUUUUCCUCCAGUAUUGUAUGAACUUAGUGUUCCUUACCCCUGGGGUGGGGAUGACGAUCUACCAGAGGACAAAAAGAGAAAGACAAAAGGAAAGCAGCAUGCCAUGGUUCCCAUCCUCACAUAGCUGUUAUUGUAAAUGUCUUCUCUUUAUUAAAUAAAACUACAUUUUCCAAUGAGAAAUAUGACAAUACAUUUUGGUUUGAGAGUUACAUGUUUAAAGUCUGACCAGUGGAAGUCCACAUUAGCAACAGGCUUGGUUAGGAACAUGGAGCAAAAACACAUCCAGGGAUGGAACAGUGUUGUACCAUGGGAUACCCAAAUGCCUCUGUUCUGGAAAGGGGAGGAGUUCCCAUGAGGAUUUUCACAAGGUGAAUGGCCCGUUUUAAACCCCACAAAGAUAUUAAACCCUGUCCUAAUGUCAUUUGUAUGUUUGUAGCAUCACUACACUGCUGUAGGUGUGUUUUACAGCUUUUUGCACAUACAGGGCAGCAGUCUUGUUAACCUGAGUGGCAGUCUUGUAGCAAUUUGGUCAUGGCUGGAACAGAGGUAUCAGGAUGAUCUCUGCUACAUAGAAAGUGCCUCUGCUGCUGCAAUGAGUCAUCCAGCAGCAGCACCUUCCUUGUGAUGAUGUGUUUUGUGUACAGCUUUUGCACCUGUGGAGUACAGGGGUGUUACCUGGACAUGCUUAUUAAGCCAUUUGUGCAGCUGCAGGCACCAAAAACUUGCAUAAGUUUUACCUCAUCUUUGAUUUUGUGUCAUGCCCAUGUCCACUUCAAAGUUGUACCCAUACCUUUUCACAAUGUCCUCAAUGUGUCUUUGAAGGAAGACUGAAGAAUAUUAGCAAGGUUAAUUUCACUUUAUGACUGGUGAUGGAAUGAAGAGAUUGGCAAGUACAUUGUCUGCUAUAAGAUGCAGUCCUGUCGCAUACCUUUCACAGGCCUCUUACAGUUUUCUUUCCAGGUCUGUUAUUCUAGUACUUCUUCCUUUAAAUCGAUUAUUUAAUUACACACCAAUACAAGUUGUGUAAAUCCUCUGUUACUUCAAUGGGGAUCAUCCCUCAUAUUUUUAAAAUCAAGUGAACAUGACUUGCUUUCUGUUGAACUCUAACAAUCCAACUGAAGGA